AUGGCUCUCCACCCGCUCUCCUGGCUGCUCCACUUGGCUGUGCUCUGCCCUCUGGUCCUGCUGCUGGCGGGACAGCAGCACGCUUCGAACAAAUGCAGCAACGCCUGCGGGGUGAUGACCAAGGAGAUCCCCCGGGACCGCCUAGCCAGCUACCAACGAACAGAACCAUCUUGCCGCAAACGCGCCAUCAUACUGACGACCAGAAAGAACAGAACAUUCUGUGCGGACCCCAAGGAGAGAUGGGUGCAGGAAGCCAUGGAGUAUCUGGACCACAAGGCCGGUCCCUCCUCUGAGAAGCUGACGGGACCCAUAAUUGCUCCGGCCAUCACUGGCACCACCAAAACCACCACCACCACUGCCGCAUCCUGGCAGAGCUCUUACCAGCCGAGAGUGGACCACUGGGCUGAAGGGAAGGCCUCUGAAGCUGCCUCCUCCCAGGCCCCCCCCACCCAGGCCUCCUCCACCCAGGCCCCCUCCACCCAGGCCCCCGCCACCCAGGCCCCCACCCAGGCCCUCCCCACUGAUCUCCCCUCCACCCAGGCCCCCUCCACCCAAGCCCCCGCCACCCAGGCCCCCACCCAGGCCCUCCCCACUGAUCUCCCCUCCACCCAGGCCCCCUCCACCCAAGCCCCCGCCACCCAGGCCCCCACCCAGGCCCUCCCCACUAAUCUCCCCUCCACCCAGGCCCCCUCCACCCAGGCCCCCUCCACCCAGGCCCUCCCCACUGAUCUCCCCUCCACCCAGGCCCCCCCCACCCAGGCCUCCUCCACCCAGGCCCCCUCCACCCAGGCCCUCCCCACUGAUCCCCCCUCCACCCAGCCCCCCUCCACCCAGGCCCUCCCCACUGAUCCCCCCUCUUCCCAGGCCCCCCCCACCCAGGCGCCCUCCACCCAGGCCUCCCUCACCCAGGCCCUCCCCACAAAGGCCGGCUCCAUCCAGAACCCCCCCACCGAUACCCCCUCGUCCCCGAGCCCCUCUCCCCAGGCCGCCUCCCCACAGGCCCCCGCCAUUUCCCACACGGCCCCAGACCCUGGGCAGGACCUCACGCCGCCGGAGAGCCCCCUAGGGUCCGGUCCGGCUCACCCGGAUGCCGUCACCGGGCCCGGCGGCAGCAGGCCCCGCGCCUCCGAGGCCCCCAGCAAGGAGCAGGAGAGCUCGGACCACCAGAGGCAGGACGACUUGGCCACGCCCGAGGCCACCCGGAGGCAGGCGGUGGGGCUGCUGGCCUUCCUGGGCCUGCUCUUCUGCCUGGGGGUGGCCACGCUCACCUACCAGCGGCUGCAGGGCUGCCCCCGCGGCGCGGUGGGGGACAUGGUGGAGGGGCUUCGCUAUGUGCCCCGCAGCUGCGGCAGCAACUCCUACGUGCUGGUGCCCGUGUGA